AUGGCCAGAUCAUCGUUGGUCCCAUUUCUCAUAGCAGGCAUGCUCGUUACGGGCUGCGCCAACUCUCUCCUGAUGAAAUGGCAGGACCGUAUGUGUGUUGAGAACUGCGAGCCCGGAUCCGGUAGACCUCGGGUCAAUUUCGAGCAGCCCGUAUGGCAGACUCUGAUUAUGUUUAGCGGGGAAAUGCUUUGCUUCCUCCCUGUUAUUUGGAAGUGGUAUACCACGCGCAACUUGCCACCCCAACUCCCCUCGACUGAUGAAGAGGAAGAGCCCGCAGCGGGCGUAAAGGCCCAGCCUGACCCUCCACUAACCGGCUGGAAGCUUGUUUAUUUCUGGCUCCCUGCCUUCUGCGAUCUUGCUGGAACAACCCUUAUGAAUGUCGGACUCCUAUACACACCAGUUUCUAUCUAUCAAAUGACCCGUGGGGCUCUUGUUCUCUGGGUUGGUAUUCUCUCGGUCAUCUUCCUUCGCCGCCAUCUCUAUCUCUACCAAUGGAUUGCUCUGUUUGUCGUCAUGGCUGGCGUCAGUCUUGUUGGACUCAGCGGCUCUCUCAUUAAGAACGUGGUUGGAGAUGAAGCGGGCGAGGCUGUCCAUGCAUUUAUGACAUCGGUUGCUCGAUCAAUUGCUCCCAAUGAGCCUGAACCUACCACCGUGUUUGUCGGAGUUUUGUUCGUGCUGUUUGCUCAGUUCUUUACGGCUACCCAAUUCGUUGUCGAGGAGAAGAUUAUGAAGGGUUAUACGAUCGAACCGCUGAUGGCUGUUGGCCUCGAGGGCCUCUUUGGUGCAUUGUCGAUCCUCGUCUGCAUGCCAAUCCUCGCCCCGCUCGCGUCUCGGUCUCCAUUCUUUGACUUUCCUCGUGGAUGGCACCAGAUUAUCGAUCACACCAAUGUGGUUCUUGCCUCGGUUUUGAUCAUGUUCUCAAUUGCCUCGUUCAACUUUUUCGGACUGAGUGUGACAUUCCGCGUGAGUGCAACUGCGCGUUCCACGACAGAUACCUGUCGCACCCUCGGAAUCUGGAUCGUCAGCCUCGGACUUGGUUGGGAACAUCUCGCAUGGCCAUACUCGGUCCUUCAGAUCAUCGGAUUCGCCCUCCUUGUUUAUGGCACGUUCUUGUUCAACAACUUGGUCGAGCCACCGGCGUUUAUUCGACCCGUAUCCCGUGAAACUGCUGAGGAUGACGAACGUCGUGCCCUAUUGGCCGAGCAACACCUUAACGAGACGGCUACCCUCCCGGCUGAUGCAGGUCAGAGCGGGUUUGACGUCGUGCCACCCACACCACCUGCUCGAGGCUAA